AUGUCUGAAGAUACCAAUACUGAUCGCUCAUCAACAUCAAUUGAUCAAAUAUUAGAAUUGACGAAUGAAAUUCAACCUGCAUUAAAAAUUGGAAUAAGAGAACUGCCUCACAAAGAAACCCUUGAAGAAACUGGAAAAGGCAGUUCCUGUUGGGAAUAUUUUGAUGAUAUGAAUGAAAUUUUUGGAAAUAGAGAAAAUGUACGACCUGAUUAUUUAUCCUCUAGUAUUAGUAGUGAGUCUGAUAUUAAUAGUGAUGUUAAAAUUAAGCCAUCUACAAGUCAACAAAAAAGAUUAGAGAUUGACAUACAAAAACUUGAAAUUGAAAGAAAUGAAAGGGAGGCUAAGUUGAAGAUAGAAGAAGAAAAAUUGAAAUGGGAAAAAGAAAAGUUUGAAAAGGAGCAAGAAUUCAAAUUCAAAUUAGAACUUGAGAGAAUAAAUAAGGAAUUUGAAUUAAAAAUCAAAGAAUAUAAUUUUAAAAAUUAG